UCGAAAAAAAAACAUCUCAUGUUUCCGGCCUUCUUUGAUUGAACAGCUCUGCAAAUUCAGUGAUUAUUACAGUAUUUCGGAUCGCAAAAUUUCAAACGUUUAAUAAUAGACCGGUAACACAUCGUAAUUAUUGAUCAAAGAGGGUAAAUACAAAUCUAAAUAAAUUCACUUCCGUAAAAUUCCUCCUCCACGUUGCUUGCAGCUAACUUCAAGACAGUGAGUAAGCGAGCCUGACGAAGCGCGAAUGUCGCUUUCUAUUAUUUGAAGACUUUUCUUGAUUGAUUGUCUUGAAACGCAAAGCAAAAUUCUGGCAAAAUUGUGCGCGUACGUGCCCGAUGUCUAGUGCUGAAGUCGCCGAUAAUUCCGUUGACCCCCCGGCGAAAAAGCGGAAGCUAAACACAGGAGAUUCCCGUUCCAAUUCCUCAGCAAUGGCGAACAAUGGAACGCGCGUGGAAGACGAAAUUGAUGAGGGGCUGUACUCGCGGCAGCUGUACGUGCUGGGGCACGAGGCGAUGCGGCGCAUGGCCAGCUCCGACGUGCUGAUCUCGGGGCUGGGCGGGCUCGGGGUGGAGAUCGCGAAAAACGUGAUACUCGGGGGAGUGAAGUCGGUGACUCUGCACGACGACAAGCCGUGCACGAUCUCGGACCUGUCGUCGCAGUUCUACCUGUCGGAGGCGGCGCUGGGCAAGAACCGGGCGCAGGCGUCGUUCGAGCAGCUGGCGGAGCUGAACCACUACGUGCCGACGACGGCGUACACCGGCCCGCUCACUGAGGACGUGCUGAAGAAGUUCAGCGUGGUGGUGCUGACGGGCGCUGCGUGGGCGGAGCAGCAGCGCGUGGCGGCGCUGGCCCGCGCGCUCGGGGUGGCGCUCAUCAUCGCCGACACCCGCGGUCUCUUCUCCCAGGUGUUCUGCGACUUCGGGCCGGAGUUCACGGUGGUGGACGUGACGGGCGAGAACCCCGUGUCCGCCAUGGUGGCCGACAUCACGCUGGACGCCGAGUCCGUGGUCACCUGCCUGGACGACACCCGCCACGGCCUCGAGGAUGGAGACUAUGUCACAUUCAGUGAGGUUCAAGGCAUGACAGAGUUGAAUGGCUGUGAGCCCCGCAAGAUCAAGGUUCUGGGACCAUACACCUUCAGCAUUGGAGACACUUCAGCCUUCUCUAAAUAUGUCCGUGGAGGAAUCGUCACCCAAGUCAAAAUGCCCAAAAAGAUAGCCUUCAAGUCUUUGCAGGAAUCUUAUAAGAGUCCAGAGUUCCUGAUUUCAGACUUCGGUAAAUUUGACUACCCUCAGCAGUUGCACAUUGCGUUUGCGGCUCUCCACAGCUUCCAGGCUGGUGAAGGGCGGCUGCCCAAGCCCUGGUCUGUGGACGACUCAAACAAAUUCCUGCAGUAUGUAAAGAAUCAAGACAUCUUGAAGGAAAGUGAGAUUGAAGUCAAUGUUGAUCUGAUGGAGAUCUUCUGCAAGGUAUCAGCCGGUGACCUGAACCCAAUGAACGCAGCCAUUGGUGGAGUGGUAGCUCAGGAAGUAAUGAAGGCCUGCUCCGGAAAGUUCCACCCAAUCUUCCAAUGGCUGUACCUGGACGCUAUCGAGUGCUUGCCCAAGGACCGAGCUGGACUCACUGAGGAGAACUGCAAGCCCACCGGCUCCAGAUACGACGGCCAGGUCGCCGUCUUCGGUGCAGACUUCCAGAAGAAACUCGGGGACUUGAAGUACUUUGUUGUUGGCUCCGGAGCGAUUGGCUGCGAGCUGCUCAAGAACUUCGCCAUGAUGGGCAUCGGGGCUGGCUCCGGAACCGUCUACGUCACCGACAUGGACCUCAUAGAGAAGAGCAACCUCAACCGGCAGUUCCUAUUCCGGCCGGCCGAUGUGCAGAACCCCAAGUCUAGUACUGCGGCUAAGGCGAUAAAGCGCAUGAACCCGUCCAUCAACGUCAUCGCUCAAGAGAACCGCGUGUGCCCCGAGACCGAGUGCGUGUACGACGACGCGUUCUUCUCCGCUCUCGACGGAGUCGCCAACGCUCUGGACAAUGUCGACGCAAGGAUCUACAUGGACAGACGAGCCGUGUAUUACAGGAAGCCGCUGUUGGAGAGCGGCACGCUGGCCACGAAGGGGAAUACGCAGGUGGUAGUCCCGUUCUUAACCGAGUCCUACAGCUCGUCCCAAGACCCGCCGGAGAAGAGCAUCCCGAUCUGCACGCUCAAGAACUUCCCGAACGCCAUCGAGCACACGCUGCAGUGGGCUCGCGACGAGUUCGAGGGGCUGUUCCGGCAGGCGGCUGAACAUGCGGCCCAGUACCUGAGGGAUCCGGCGUUCUUGGAGCGGACGCUGAAGCUGCCGGCCAGCCAGCCGCUGGACGCGCUUGAGAGCGUUAGGAACGCGAUCACGGAGCGUCCGCUGAGCUUCGAGGACUGCGUGGCGUGGGCGCGGCUGCACUUCGAGAACCAGUACUGCAACCAGAUCCAGCAGCUGCUCUACAACUUCCCUCCUGACCAGGCCACAACAAGCGGCGCGCCAUUCUGGUCGGGCCCCAAGCGCUGCCCCGACCCCAUCACGUUCGACGUGAACAACGAGCUGCACGUGGACUACGUGGUGGCCGCCGCCAACCUCAGGGCCUCCGUGUACGGCAUCAAGCACAGUCGGGACCGCGCCGCCAUCGCGAAGGUCGCCGCUGCUGUUGAGGUGCCGAAGUUCAGCCCUAAAUCCGGCAUCAAGAUCGCCGUGACCGACGCGCAGCUGCAGCAGAACAGCGACGAUCUGGACCAGGAUCGCGUGCAGACCAUCCUGUCCGAGCUGCCUCCCCCCGCGCGCCUGCCCAACCUCACCAUCACCCCCCUCGACUUCGAGAAGGAUGACGACUCCAACUUCCACAUGGACUUCAUCGUGGCGGCGUCUAAUCUUCGCGCGACGAAUUAUAAGAUUGCCCCCGCUGAUCGCCACCGGUCUAAAUUGAUCGCUGGCAAAAUUAUCCCAGCUAUAGCUACUACUACGUCGGUGGUGGCAGGAUUAGUCUGCAUUGAGCUGUAUAAGUUAGCUCAAGGAUUCAACACCUUAGAGGUCUUCAAGAAUGGAUUUGUGAACCUCGCCUUGCCGUUCUUCGGUUUCUCAGAGCCGAUUGCGGCGCCAACUAACACUUACUACGACAAGAAGUGGACCCUGUGGGACCGGUUUGAGGUGAAGGGGGAGAUCACGCUCCAGCAGUUCUUAGAUUACUUCAAGAAUGAACACAAGCUGGAAAUCACUAUGCUGUCGCAGGGAGUCUGUAUGUUAUACUCGUUCUUUAUGCCUAAGGCUAAGCGGCAGGAGCGACUGGGCCUGCCCAUGUCAGAAGUGGUCACCAGGGUGUCCAAGAAGAAGCUGGAGCCCCAUGUGAAGGCGCUAGUGUUCGAACUCUGCUGCAACGACGAAGAAGGAAAUGAUGUAGAGGUUCCCUACGUCAAGUACACCCUGCCUUAGCCGAUAAAGGACAAGAUGCAAAAAAAGUGUUUCAAAUCGACGCGUGGCAAAGUAGAAUUGUGAAAAAGCAUUGCAUUUCGGAAGCAUUUCAAAUAGAGGGCGCCAUUAUGGUUCUACUAUAUCCGUGUCUUUGAGAUUGGCGCUGUGCGUUAGAUAUAAAUUAUCGAAUUAAAUGUUUUAUAUAAUUACGGAGGGAGUGUAGUGGUGCGGAGUGAAGGACACUGGCGAGUGCCGCACGCUCGUGCAUAUUUAUGCUAGUUUUAUCUAUUUUAUUUGCUGUUUGUCUGAAAAUUACACAAAGUCACGAUACACUAGUUCCGUUGUGUUUGGUUUUCAAUUAUUUAAAUUGUCAGAUUCACUGCAAUUAAAUGCUUACAAGUGUGGAUUAAUUAACACAGUGAAUAGGUUAUUAUAAAAUUUUAAAAGAAAAUCAGAAGGGUCUGUAUAUGAAAAGAUAAUAAAUAAUAUUUGAUGA